AUGAUCAAGGCAAGCCAGACGACCUUUGGAAUCCGCCUUCUCGGCGCCGGACUGGCCACCGUUCUGGUGCUGCUUCUAAUCCCAGCCUGCUCGCCGUCCGCGGAGCAAGGUGCGACCCCGGCCACCGAGGAGCGAACGACCGCGAAAUCGUUGGUGAUCUACAGCGGCCGCAGCAAGAGUCUGGUCGGUCCGUUGCUGGAGCGAUUCGAGGCUGCCUCGGGAGUCUCGGUUCAGGUUCGCUAUGGCGGCACCGCCGAGCUCGCGGCCACCAUGCUGGAAGAAGGCGAGGGCAGCCCGGCGGACGUCUUCCUGGCCCAAGACGCUGCUGCGCUGGCGGCGGUUUCGGCGGCUGGCUUGCUCGAACCGUUGCCCGAGGACAUUCGCCAGCGGGUCGAUAGCCGGUUCUCGGCCGCCGAUUGGGUUGGCCUUUCCGGGCGAGCGCGGACGGUGGUCUACAACACGGAGCGGAUUACUGUCGAAGAGUUGCCCCACAGUCUGGAGCAGGUCGCCGAGGAGCGCUACCGGGGCCGCUUCGGCAUUGCCCCCGCUAACGCCUCGCUGCAAGCGCACUUGGCGCUCUAUCGGGCGGUGCGCGGCGGCGAGCAGCUCGAUCUACUGCUGGCGGCACUGGUGGCCAACGAUCCGCAGCGCUAUCCCAAGAACGGCGCUAUCGUCGAGGCGGUGAUCAACGGCGAAGUCGAUUUCGGCCUGGUCAACCACUACUACCUGUGGCGUGCCCUGGCCGAGAGGCCCGAGGCGCCGGCGAAGAACUUCUGGAUGACUGAAGGCGGCGGUUCGACCUUCAUCAAUCUGGCCGGAGCCGGCACGUUGAGCGGCAGCGACGCGGCGCUGGAGUUAUUGCGCUUCCUGGUUUCUGACCAAGCCCAGACCUACUUCGCCGCCGAGACCUUCGAGUAUCCGCUGGUGGCCGGUAUCGAGCCGGCGGUAGAGCUGGUGCCGCUGGCAGGGCAGGUCGCCGAGCAGGCCGAUUUCUCUCAAGUCGCCGCGGAGCUGAUUCCAGCGCAGGAGGCGAUCGCCGCCUCGGGCCUGCUGCGAUGA